AUGUCCGAUCUUUUCCUCCGAGUGGCGCGCAGUGACGCACGAUGGUACACUCCAUCAGGACGUCACGCCGUCACUGGUAGCCAAGGCGGCUCGUCUACCGCGGAUAUAGCUCUACACGCACUUCGUGCUAUCGGCUUUUCCCCUGCUAUUUCAAGGCUAUGGAGAACCGUUGCGCGCUGGAAAGACACCUCGCGCCAGCUUGAUUGA